AUGGGUGAUAAUGAGGGUGUGACUGCAUUACACAUUGCUGCUCAGGAGGGUCAUAUUGAUGUCACCGAAUACUUGAUCAUUCAAGGAGCUGAGGUGAAUAAGGGAGAUAACAGAGCUGAGGCGAAGAAGGGAGACAAAGACGGCAAGACGGCAUUACACUUUGCUGCUCAGGAGGGUCAUAUUGAUGUAACCAAAUAUCUCAUCAAUCAAGGUGCUGAGGUGAAUAAGGGAGACAAAGACGGCAAGACGGCAUUACACGGUGCUGCUUUCGAUGCUGAGGCGAAGAAGGGAGACAAAGACGGCAAGACGGCAUUACACUUUGCUGCUCAGGAGGGUCAUAUUGAUGUAACCAAAUAUCUCAUCAAUCAAGGUGCUGAGGUGAAUAAGGGAGACAAAGACGGCAAGACGGCAUUACACGGUGCUGCUUUCGAUGGAGCUGAGGUGAAUAAGGGAGAUAACACAGGUAGGACUGCAUUGCGCACUGCUGCUUCCAAUGGUCAUCAUGAUGUGACCAAAUAUCUCAUCAAUCAAGGAGCUGAGGUGAAUACGGGAGAUAAUGAGGGUAGGACUUUAUUACACAGUGCUGCUCAGAAUGGUCAUCUUGAUGUCACCGAAUAUCUGAUCAAUCAAGGAGCUGAGACUGCAUUACACAGUGCUGCAUUCCAUGGUCAUCUUGAUGUCACCAAAUAUCUCAUCAGUCAAGGAGCUGAGGUGAUUAAGAGGGACAAUGACGCUAAAGUGAAUAUGGGUGAUAAUGAGGGUGUGACUGCAUUACACAUUGCUGCUCAGGAGGGUCAUAUUGAUGUCACCGAAUACUUGAUCAUUCAAGGAGCUGAGGUGAAUAAGGGAGAUAACAGAGCUGAGGCGAAGAAGGGAGACAAAGACGGCAAGACGGCAUUACACUUUGCUGCUCAGGAGGGUCAUAUUGAUGUAACCAAAUAUCUCAUCAAUCAAGGUGCUGAGGUGAAUAAGGGAGACAAAGACGGCAAGACGGCAUUACACGGUGCUGCUUUCGAUGUCAAGGAGCUGAAGUGA